CAUAGCUCAGAGGUGAAGUGUAUAGUUGCUGAGAAAGAUUGACAUCAGAGAAGGAAGCAUAGAAUAAAAGAGGUUCUUAGAAGGUCGUUUGUUUGUGCGAAAGGUUUUCUUCUUAAUAUGGGAUCCCUCACUCUCUUCUCUUUCUCUCUCUAAAAAGGGAAGAGCAUUGGUUUAGAGAGGGAGAGAGAGAGUGAGACACCGGUCCCAUCAGAUCGAAAUCUCUAAUUCUUUUCUUCAGUUUUUUUUUUUUUUUUUCUUUUCUCCAUGAGGAUCUGAGCUCUUCAAUGGUGUUACCAAACAACCCACUUUCUCCUUUCCUUGUUUUUAUUCCCUAAUUAUUAAAAAUUUUCUGCUUUUGCUCUUUUACUUUUAUUUAUUUUUAUGUAAUCCGUAUAUUUUUGUUUUUCUAUUUUGCCUUUUCUUCUCUGUUCGUUUUUUGUCCUGCCUAGUGCCCGUAUGGGGCUCUGAAUUCUCCAUUCUCUAUUCAAUGUUUUAAUCCAUUGGAGGAGGGUCAUGAGCAGAGAUGGUUUCAAGAUGUGAGUUUAAGAGAUUUAUUUUUGCUGCAACGGUUAUCUGCAGAUUGCUGCCUUAUCUACCUUAGGAGUAUGGGAAUCCAAGUGCAGAAUAAGGACCACUUUCCAGUUUAUCACCACAUGAGAGACCUCAACGGGAAUGCUAGCAGCAAUAAUUGGCCAUUUUAUUACAGCGAUAGAACCUUAAUAAAUGGGCAAUAUUGUAAUGGUUUCAUGCCAAGGACCAUAACAGAUGCAAAUUCUGAUUAUGAGAAGGAUUCAGUAAAGCAGAAAAUGAUUGAACAUGAGGCUGUUUUCAAGAAUCAAGUUUCAGAACUCCAUAGACUUUACAGAAUCCAAAGGGACAUGAUGGAAGAUGCUAAAAGAAGGGAACUUAAUAAACAUUGGAUGCCAAUGGAGCCAUCAUCUUCAUCUAGCAUCCUAGGUUCACAAAUGCCAUCAGAAUAUGCUUGGAAAUGGCAAAACACUUGCUUUCCUUUCGUAAAUUCCGGAUAUGCUAGGCCAGCUGCGUCUAGCACUGACAUUGUUAACUCUCCCCUAAGCUGUACAAAGGGAAAUGACAUACAGUCUGGUCGAAUUCCAUUGCAAAACGGGUGUUCAUCAAAACACGGUGAAGUGUUGGAUUCUAGACCAUCAAAGGUGUGUAAAAAGUUGUUUGAUCUUGAGCUCCCAGCAUACAAGUACGUUGAUACUGAAGAGGGAGAACACUUGCAUGAUUCCAAAGAAUCUUUUCAUCCUGGAAACUCUAAGAAUACUCAUGAGAGUAGUGUGAAGUUGUUUCUUGAUGGCCAUGGAGCAACUGAUUGCCGAAAAGAUGCUUUAACAUCCAAUUUAUGUCUAAGAAGUGGAAAUAAGUUGGCUGAUCUCAAUGAACCUGCCCAGCUUGAUGAAGCAACCACUCAAUCACCUGUUAGUUUUUUUAGCCAUGACACUAAUCACACAGAGGCUAAAAGCUCAAGUUUUAUUGGUAAAUCAAAUCCGUUAUUGGCUUCAUCAAGAGAAGGGAUCCAGAACUGUCAUUAUGGUAACGGAUUUUUAAGUAAUCUAUCUGCAGAGAGCCAGGGAAAACAGAGAGGAUUGCUCCCAUACACAUAUGAAGCAGGUCACGUUAAGAAAAACCAAAGUCAAGCACUGGAGGGUCUUGAAAAAAAUAAGUCAUACAUGCAUUGCCAUCCAGCUGAAGGUAUACAAGGCAGAGCUCAGCAACAUCCUGGAAUUCAUCCAACUCAUGGUAUUAGGGGUGACAUGUGGAGAGGGAAGACAGGUUGUGGUUUACCAACCUUUGAGAAAAAUCAUGACAACUCCAAUAACAGUUGUGUGGAACCACUUGCUAAUUCAUGCUCACAUUCUGUAUCAGCUUGGGGAAAGUCAACGAGUAGUGUCACUCAGAAAGUGGCAUCAUCAUUUCAUAAAAACCCUUGUCUGAACUCAUCAACAUCCUUGGAAAUGCGGCUUUCUGAAAACACCCACACAUCCAUUGGGGACAACAUCAAUGGCAGUUCUAGGGAGGUGAAUCCAGGUUUGAGCAGUGAUGUUCUGCUCAGGAAUGGGUUCGCCCAUGGAUCUUCUAGGUUGAGGGAUCAAUCUACUUGCUUACCUUCAAAUUUUUUAAACAAUAUGAAGAAUAGUAGGGGUGAUUAUAUGUCAUCUGCACGCUCUACUAACCAUUGGCAUGAUGAGAAGCUUCUUGUAAGCUCCAAUUUUAUGGAUUCAAAGUCCACAAAAGGUUUUGAUUUGAAUGAGGCCAUCGGUAAGGAAGAUGAAGAGUUGGUUGACAAUAAAGAUAAGCUUGGAGAGAGUGCAUCAAUAUUGUGUUGGCUUAAAGAUAAGCCGGUUUGUAAAAACACGGGUAGGAUACCAAACUCUGAUUUUGGCUUCAUUCAAUCCUCUCCGAAUCCACCUUUUUGCCAGAGUAACAAUUCAAAGCAUGCCAAUGAGGCCUCCUGUCAGAGUGAGAGAACUAUGGAGGCCAAGGAAGUGGGAGAGACUCCACGUGCUAAAAAAAUUCUAGGGGUUCCGAUUCUUGAAAUUCCUUUUGCUUCCAAACAUGAGUCAUCUUCGCGUAUUUCUACUUCAGCAACCAUUUGUUCCUCAGCUGAAGGAGAGCUCCUCCGAAAUGAAAAGAAGGGCAUGAUUGAUAUCAAUGUGGCUUGUGACCUUUCAAUUGAUGAUGAGUCUGACGAAAUGGCAGUCCCAGAACCACUUUUUGCAGGGAAAGGGUUGGAUUCAGAACCUGCUGGCAUGCGAAAUCAUUUUGAUUUAAACUCAUGUAUUACCGAGGAAGAUGAUGCAUUAGGACCAUCGGUCGCAAGCGAUAAUGUAAAGACAAGGGUCAUAUUGGACAUAGAUUUGGAAGCUCCUGUUGUUUUGGACUCGGAGGAAGAUAAUCCGCCCAUACAAGAAAAUAACCAACACGAGACAUCUUUGCAAUUGCCUGAGCACAAAACUGAGAAGGCAGACGAUGAAGUAACCUGGACUGCAGCUGAAACAAUAGUUGCCAUGUCAUCUGGUCAGUGCAUUCCGACAGAGAAUCCAUCUGAAGAUCCUUUUGCAGAAACACUUUCGUGGUUCGUUGAUGUAGUCUCUUCUCUUGCCGAUGAACUCAAGCUGAAUUCAGGCAAAGAAAUUAGAGGCAAGGGUGGUGUGCUUAAUGAGCAGCAUUUUUCCUACGAGGGAAUAGAUUAUUUUGAGGCGAUGACAUUGCAACUAACAGAGACUAAGGAGGAAGAAUACAUGCCCAAGCCUUUUAUUCCUGAAGAUCUAAACAUGGAAGAUGCAGGUGAGCAUUUGGCACCAACUCGAACCCGAAGGGGCCAGGCAAGGAGGGGAAGGCAACGGAGGGACUUUCAAAGGGACAUCCUACCUAGUUUGACUUCCUUGUCGAGGCACGAAGUGUCUGAAGACUUCCAGACAUUCGGAAGGCUGAUGAGUCCUCAGACGUGUGGAUUCACCAGAAGAAAUGGGACCAGAAGUCUGAGUGCUAGGGGAAGACGACGAAUUAUGGUUGUUGAAACUGAACCACCUGCUGUUGUUUCAAACCCCGUUACCACUUCCCUGUUGCAGCAACUUAAUAAAGGAGGCCUGGAGGAUAAAAGCCUAACGGGAUGGGGAAAGAGAACCAGACGGCCUCGAAGGCAAAGAUGCCCUCCUGCAGCUAAUCCUCCCAUCGCCACGGUGACCUAAACCGUGGGAAGGAGGUAGUUUAUAAUCAAUCCAUCAUAUUUUAUAGAGAGGAAGAAAGACAGUCUAGGAAGUGUUGGUUUUAUGAGUUUGUGAGAGUGAGGUUCUUAGCUAUGGGGGUCAUUCUUGUAUAUGUCCUUUGUAGCCCUCCUCCCCCAUGGCUGUUAUUAUGUUUAUUUUGGCUGGUUUUACUAACUUGUUUUAUUCAGGAAUAAUUCUGCGUGUUGUCUUUUGGAUUUAUACAUCAUUGCUUCAAAUCCAAAUACUUCAGACAGGCAGUCUCCUACA